CCUCCAUCUAUCCAUCCAUCCAUCGGCUCAAACCUACCCACCCUCAGUCCAAAACCCGGAGCGUUUGAUGCGCGAUCGGAGGCGAUGCUGGAGUCCGGCGGCGGCGCGGUGCUGAAGGAGGGCGCGCUGGAGAAGCGCAGCGACGGUCUGCUGCAGCUGUGGAAGAAGAAGCGCUGCGUGCUGACCGAGGAAGGACUGGUGCUUCACCCACCCAGACACCACCACCACGACACCGCCUGCAAGGCGAAGGAGCUGCACUUCGCCAACAUGAAGACGGUGGACUGCGUGGAGCGCAAGGCCAAGUACGUGUACUUCACGGUGGUGAUGUCCGAGGGCCGAGAGAUCGACUUCAGGUGCCCGCAGGACGAGGGCUGGAACGCGGAGAUCACGCUGCAGAUGGUCCAGUACAAGAACCGCCAGGCGAUCCUGGCCGUCAAGUCCAGCCGGCAGAAGCAGCAGCUGCUCGUGGUCUCCGCGCAGAAGAUGCUCCGAAACGCGCAGUAGGACGCCGGAGAGCGGCGAUAUCGACGGACGUUACCGCGCGUAAAAAGCGCUGGAUGCGCAUUACGGACAUCUCUUUUUAGUGUCACCUUGCGCGCACGGACGCUCUUCGUGCAUUGAAAGACAUCACGGCUGAAUUAGCACCGGGAAUAUCUCCUCAGAGGCUGCACGGGGGGCCGGGGCAAGUUGUCACAGUGACGUUCAGAGUGGAAAAUCCGUUUGCAUGAACGCAGUGGCGCUGUGUGUGUUACUUUCAAACAUGUAGUACAAAGCAGAUUCUGAAUUCUGCCCUCCAAAUGAGAGAUUUAUUUUGGGGUAAUAGGCGUUUGGUGAACUGUGAAACCACAAUGGGAUUUGUGACCCUGGAGCACAAAACCAGUCAUAAG